CAGAUGGUCCCUUGGAAGUAUAGCUUUCGAAUUGUAUGGGGUGUCGGAGGUCUCAUAAUUGUUCCCGAACCUUGGCCUGGGGCAUUCCCAGAUGCGCUCUCAUCAAUGCCCACAAGUUCCGGCCUCACUUCCAGCUUUUUCCGGAGAAUUCAAUGACCCCUGGGUUGUCUGCUCCCCUGACAUGCCCGAGCCCCGCCGAAGUUCGUAUCCCCGGAUGAGUUCCUGUAGUAUUGGACCAUCCAUCCACCGAGGAACCCGGGAAGCGAGCAUAUGCGCAACAACCUCAGUCGGCAAAAAUACGGCACCGCUGUCACUCCCGGUGCCCCAGGCUCGCGCGAAUAGUUCAUCCCGUCCAGGCAUCACGCCCGCCAUGUGCCCAAAGAUCAGGAACUCUAUCAACUGCCCGAUCUCCCCCAUGUGCGGGGAGAACACGUUGUGGUGGGGGUGCUCCGGGUACUCGGCGAAUCCCUCCGGCUUGAGCUCCCAGCGGAGCUUUCUCGGCGUCAGGUAAUCCCUGUUGUGCGGCGCGUUGAUCUGCGUGUUCAGGUAGUGUGCCAACUCGUGGAAGAGGGUUAUGUAGAUUUGGUAGAUUAGGUGGACGGGCGAUUUUCCGUCUCGCUGCAGCCGC